AUGUUAUUUAGAUUCAUGGCCACAAUUUAUAAGAAACAUUUAAAAUAUCUUUUUUGUGUUUUGUAUGAUGAAGCAUAUACUUCGAUAGGACAUGUCAAUGAUACCAUUCCAAACCCAUCGUUAUUAGAUGUAUCAACUGGUAAAUAUUUACCUGCAUAUCAUUUGAAAGACGGUACUUUAGAGAGAUCUGGUCGAUUAAAAAAAGUACAAUAA